AUAACAGGUUAUCUCUGCUUGUGGUGUUCGCUGUUCUUGUUAAUCUAAAUUUGAUGUAUGUGCAGGAGUUACAGUUGUUAUCGUGGUAGAUUUCUAUAGGGUGUGUAAAUGUGGUGUUGCGAAUGGUUGUUGUGGAGUAGGAACGUAGUUUAGCAUUUCCAGCUAUAGGUUAUUUAAGCAGAACUUUAUGUAUUUGGUUCGGGUGUUUACAGUCGUUUUCGUCCUUUCAUAAUUACUGCAAUGUUCCGAGCUGUCAUCACGUAGGUCAUAGUUAACAGAGCAGGACAGUCGCAAUGCCUUAUAACUGGCCGUAACAGAUCCAGCCAUUAUUUAUCACUUCAAGAUGGGGGAUUCAAAGGAUCCAGUGAAACCAUGGGAAAGGCCAUGGACUACAGAUGAGAUGAGGCAGCAGAGUGCCAGCUGGAACUUGGCUGGAGAUUCAGGUCUGCUAAGGCACCUCCAGCAGUUUUCUCAGAAUCUGCUUGCACAGACGCAUGCGACAGAAGUUACUCUGGAUUCACUCAUGGAACAGCUGAGGGCCACUUCAACAGAUGUGAGCAAUGUGACCAAUCAGUUCCUCUGCCUGUCAAAUACUCAGUUCCUUGAAAACAGAGUGUAUGAUGAUGAUGAAGAUGAUGAAAAGGGGGUGCCUCCAGAAGAGAAGAAAGAAGAGGCAAAGCAGAUCAAGUCUAAGGAAGAACAGGAAGCAGAAGUAGUGGCUCGGGUGCGUGAAGCUUUGACCCUUGGCAUUUCAAUACUGGACAAUAUGUUUGAUACUGUCGAGGUCCCAGCAAGUGAUAGUGAAGAUGAAGAAAGCAGUGGAGGACGAUUAGUUCUGGAGCCUCAUAAUCCAUACCUAAGUCAAGCAUUGCCAUACCUUAUUGGCAGUCAACCGUUCAUGGAGGAUGAUCAUGUGGGAUUGGGCUCACCAAGUGACUCAGAGGAGGAGGAUGCUGAUAAGCAUUUUAUCCAUUCUAGUGAGAGCGAGAGUGAGAGUGAGAUGGAUAUUGAACAGCAGAAAGGAAACAAGAAGAGGACCAGAUUUUCUGUGAGUGGCAGUGAGAACUCAGAGUUUGAUGGAAGUGAUGGUAGCGGUGGGGAGGGUCCAGCACCAGGCAAACAGAAGAAGAUGGAAGCUUCUGGAUUGUUUGACAGUACUCCAGCUGCACACACAGGCGACAUGUUUGGUGGUGACUCGCCUAUUGAAGAUGUUGCUGUUGUUGAAGAUGAUGAUGUUACACGGGAUAGCUUUGCAGCUGAGUUGACUGAUAAAUUGGGUGUAGCUGCUGCGUCAAUAACAUCCGAUCAGCAGGCUCCUAAAUCAAGAACUGCAGGUAAACCAACUUUGGAGUGGUAUGAGGAUGAUGAUAAUAGUCUCUUUGGAGAGCAAGUUGGGAAGUUCUCUGGUGGACAGGGUCUGUUUGAUGGUGUAGAGGAUACAUCAGGAUCUUUGUGGAACACUAAGGACAAAUUGAAUGCAGAUAAAGGUGUCAAGAAACGUUCUGGCGAAGCAUCUCUGUUUGGUUCUGAUACUGGCUUUGAAGAUGGUAUAUUCGAUAGUGCUGCUGAUACAGAGAAAACCAAACGAUUACUCCGUGUUGCCACAACAGGUGUACUUACCAGUACUCCAGAAACUUGGGUUGAUGUUUUGGGCCUGUCUAACGACUGUGAAAUUUCCAACAUUAAGACUUCUCCAGUGUUGGAUGGUGACUUGUUUGCUGCCCCUGUACCAACUUCUAGGGACUCUGUACAAGUUAUAGUGGAUCAACAGCAUAGUAUUAAGAAGAAGAACCGUGCUGGUGCAGAGUCGUCUGUCUUUGGUGGUGUGAAUGUGUUCAAAGCUGGUGUUCGCAGGCCACCAUCAAGUUCAUCCUGCAGCAGUGAUGGUACAGUGCCAACUUUUGAGUACACGGACAGUAUUAGUAGCGGUAUUGGGCAGACCCGCAGUGAACAGCAAGACUCCACUAAAAGUCUAGGAAUAUCUGCAGCAAAUAAUGUGUCCUUGUUUGGUGGUAGUGACUAUCUGUUUGAUCCUGUACCUACCUCGAGAAAUGAUCAUUCAGCUGUAGUCAUUAAAAAUGAAAAGAUUCCUCCUGAGGCAGUCACAGCUUCUGACUUGUUCCAUGAUGAGAGCACAGGCGAUAGUGUGUUGAGCAAACCACAGAAAGGAUUAGCACCUUGUUCAGCCAAACUAACCACUGAAGGAGACUCUGUACGUAGAGUUGGGACUGCAUCCCGGAAACCUUUUUCCCUGUUCAAUGACUCAGAUUCUGGAGAUGAUGAGCUUUUGUUCUCAUCCACAAGCUCAACAAGUUCCCGUUCUAGGCGUUCACAAGGAAGCGGAGACCUCCUCACAGAACCUGGUGAUAAAGGACGGCCUACAACAGUUCCAAGGAAAGGCCUCUUUGAUAAUGAAGACCUGUUUGGUGGGGCCAAAGAUGAACCAUAUUUUGACAUAUUUAGCACAGGAGCUAAUACUGCCAUCGUAAAGCCAAAUUCAUUGCCCGAACAAAAUAAAAAUGGAAAUGAAGACUUGUUUUCUGAACAGUUGAAUGAUCCAGAAUUCAACUUAUUUAAGCCAUUUAAUACAACUCCAGAAAAGUUAAAAAGUGAUGACAAAGAUGCAUUGUUUGGUGAUGAUGGUAGUAGGAUUAAUGCAAAACCAGGAAAAAGUAUAGCUCAGGUGUCAGAUAGUCAUAGUUCCUUCAAAGACAGUGGAUCAGUAAAGCCUUCAUGGGGACUAUUUUCGGACAGUGGUAGUGAUGACACACAUGAUAUUUUUGCUGUACCUGUGAACAAGGCACAUCGUGAGCUCUCACCUUCUAAAGCCACGUUAGUAAACAGUUUGUUUUCAGGAGGAAGUGUUUUAGAGGACAGCAAAGACGAUUUAUUUGCAGGUCCAGUAAAAGCAAAGAAUGAAAGUAAAGAUAUAAGUGAAACAGAUGGGUUUCUUGACAAAAUUGAUGAUAUAUUUUCAGUUUCUAGAACAGCGAGCAGUAGUAAAGUUGAAAGGGAGAAAAAAGUUAUUAACGGACAUUAUGCCGCGUCAGAUUCAGAGUUUGUAACUGAAUCAGAAAGUGCCAGGAAAGACGAACUUGCCGAAGUUUCAGGCGAAGUCAGUGAUGUGAUUUCUUCUGGUAUUUUUAGUGAAGUAAGGGAUGAAAAUGGCAGUGAUCUGUUUAAUAGAAGUACUGCUAAUCCAUCAGUAAAUACAAAACCUGUUAUUGCAAACAAACCUGUCAUAAGUCCAAAACCAAAGCUGUCUCCUGUUUCUAAACCACCACUGUUACAAGAUACAGCAAAGGGCUCUGGUGACUUAUCUUCUAAAAUGAAUACAGAUGAAAACAUUCUGCAGCUUUCCAAUCCCACCAACACCAAAGAAAGAAGUGAUAACCUCUCAGCAAAAUCAGGUCAAAAAAUUGAAGUUCAUGAUUCGUUUGCAGAGCGUACAGAAAGGUUGAUUUCCCCAGGAUCUUCUGUUCCACCAUCAAAACUAAGACCUCCAAAGACAUUAAAUAUUCGCAAGAGUACAGGUCUACUGUUCAGCAGUUCUUCAAAUGAAGAUGAGGAUUUGUUUGGAAUGUCUGUGCCUGAAAAAGUCUUAAUGGAUUCAAAUUCUGCAAAAGCUGUUGAUCAGAAACCAAUAAGUAAUUUGGUUAUUGUUCAGCCACAAUGUUCCUCUGUUGAUGUGGCCAGGCCAGUAUCAUUCAGUGCAGAAAAAUGUGCUAAUAGCGGGAAGGAAAUAUCCAGUAAAGUUGGCUGUAGUCAAGAUUCUAAUGAUAACAGCACAGCAAAGGCUCGGUCAGUCGGUGCAAGCCCCAGACAUUUGAACAUUGAUCCUGUGGCACUUCUGAUUGGAGUCAGGCCAUCACGGAAUGUUGAAGCAGCUGUCAGUUUUGAUGAGCCAGCUCAGUUUAGUGCCACUCUUCAUAAUGCAGGCAAGGACCGUGCCAGAAUUCAAGCAAAACGUCGUCCCCCCAGUCGCAGAGCUCGGAAAGAAGCUGUGAGAUUGUCGGGUAUUGACCACGAUGGGUUUGAGACAGCUUCAGUAAUGGCUGCUGAGAAAGUUCCAAACCCUGCUCCAGAUAAAUCUGAUGAUAUACAAGAACCUGUUGCACGGACUGCAGAAGCUCCUGGCCUUAGCUCGACAGAGUCACAGCCUCCUGCAUCACACACUGUGGGUUCCCUGUCCAAGCCUCGUUCAUCAAGUUUUUUAGACGGCAGCAGUAAUCUUCUGUCUCCAUCAACAGAUGAAGAGGAUCUGUUUGGAGUGCCACAAGAUUUACCUUCAGAAUAUGGAAGCAACAAAGAUGAUGGCCAAAAUCUUUUCAGUUAUGCACCUGUUCUCUCUCCAUUAGACUCACUUCUUAAGUUUCCGGCAGAAAGUGAUCCAUCAAAAUGUGUAGCUAUUGAUACAGGGGGCAAAUUCAGUACCAGUGAUGUUCUCCAUACAAGCAAAUUGUUGGAAGACUCGUCGGAUAAAAUGCCUGCUGUACGUACAAGUCCCACGUCUUCAAAUGGAAGCAACAUGGCAGUUCCAAAUAUGAGCAGUGGUUCUCAUGACAUACGUGUAACUGGACCUCCGUUGCAUACAUUACAUGGUAGUUUGCAUAAUUGUGAUGAAAAUGAUGAUUCCAAUGACCUUUUCUCUGAAACGAAGAAGACUGUGCCAUCAUCUAGAAAAGACAAACAGGAUCUCUUUGAUACCACACGGAACUCUGAGAGUCUAUUUGCAUCAGAGAAGUCCAUUCCAGAAUUAGAUGUAAGUAAUUACCUUCCUGAAGGAACAGGGAUUUUAUCAGACUGUCCUGAAAAUGCACGUCCUUUAUCGAAAGAUUAUCUGUCAUCAAAAUAUCCUUUACCUGUGGAUGAUGAGAAACCGCCUGUGCCAGAGAACAUCAUGCAGUCUAAUGCACAAGAGGAAUUAUUUGGAUCAGGAUACUUAAAACAUAAUUUAUUUACGCCAAGAAAAGGUUCCAGUGAAAAAGUGGAUGAUGAUAUGUUCUUAACCUCGAAUAUGGACAAUUCCAUUUGUAGUGAUAGUGGUGAUGAAUUGUUUUCUGUGGGCACAAACUCUUCCCUGAAUAAAGACAAUAAAAAUAAGUCAGAUAUCACUAAACCAAAAGAGAUCUGUGAUAUUGAUGAAAAUAUCUUAUUUUCUUCUGGAGACAAGCAGAAGCAGCCACUACCUACACAGAAGAAUUUAUUCUCAAACAACGCCAAAGAUAUAAAUACACCAAAAUUGGCAGUAUCAGAGACUGGUUCAAAUUCUGGUCUCUUUGGAGGAGAUAGCCCCGAAUCUGAUGACAUCUUCUUUGACAUCAGUUCCAAAAAGAAAGCUGCUAAUGCCAUAAUGAAGGGAAAACUAAGUGGAGUUGUGACAUCAUCAGCAAAAGGCUCUCUUUUUGGUGGUGACGAUGAUGACGAUGAUAUAUUUGGAUCUGAUAAGUCAGCCAGCAAAUCUGCCGUAUUUCCUAAGCCAGCCAUCGCAACAUUAGACAAUGCAGAUGCAUUGUUUGUAUCUGGUUUGACCAAGAAGAAACCCCAAACUAAACUAAACAGACCAACAGGUUCCAGUUCUAGUCGGCAGACUGUCACAGCGGAAGGCGACUUGUUUGAAGAUCCAUUGAUGGUGGUCACAAAGAAGUGAGUAAUCAUCGACUUGCCUGCUGUUCAUGAAUGACUAAUAUGUAUAUUGUGUAUAUUCUAAUUUAGUAAAACAUCAGACUUGUUGACUAUUUGUGUACUCAGAGUGACAAGUUCUGAUGUCAAUAAUUUUGUAAAUACAUAUUAUCUGAAUCAGACUAUAUCAAGAGUUGAAACAUGUGUCAGUGAUAUCGUGAAAAGAACAAGUGCUUAUGAGUAUGUUCUAUUUCCAUUUUAAUAGAACAUGCCAGUUGCAUAUUUUUGUAUGUCUUCUUACUGUAGUUAAAGAUGCAGUCUGUGGUGCUGUUUAAAAUUAAUAAGCCAUUUCUUUUACUCCUGUUCCUGAAUACUAAGGUUCUUCAUAAUACACUCAGAAACAAUACAUAUACCCACAACUGAAAUUGAUGAAAGAUUUAUAACUCUCUAUUAGAUUUUGCGGUACUUCGGAACAUAGUGCAUGUAACAUUUGCUAUAUCAUACAGUUAUAUUAAUUAAUUAUUGUAACAGAAUAUUAGUUUUAAUGUUGCUGGUCAUAAUUAUUCCCCACAAUUAAAAAUAUGUAAUAUUAAUGAUGGAAACUGUGAAGACAAUGAAGCUAGCUGUGAAGGUACACUGGGUGCUUGGAUGUAAGGUUUCAGUAUUUAUCAUAUUUUAGCUUAAAAAGAAGGUAAAUUGAUUAGCCUUACGCACUAGCCAUUAAACUGAAGGUUUGUUGGAUCCCAGAGCUGCUUCUUUGAGAUUUGUUACCCAGUCCAUCCAUUUUGGAGCCCAUUUUCAUCAAUCAACUGCCACAGCUGGCAGUUAGGCUGUGAAUAGUCUGGCCCCCCCCCCCCUUCAUAAAAACUGUAUUAAAUCAGGUAACUUAGGAAACUAAGGAACAGGGUCAUGCCAUAAGAACACUGUUCCACAUUAGCAGCUCAGUGAACUUCAGGGAGGGAUCAGCUAUAGUCAUUAUGAAAUAUAUUUAUAAUUUUAUGGCAAUAGCUGACGAGCCAGUGUAUACAGGCACUUGGAAGUCUUGCAUAUUAGGCAAUUGUGUGUAUCUAGAAAAAAUUAUAUGAGAAGUUAUGAUAAAAGGUACUGACAUUAUGAUAGAACAAACAGAUGCAAUGUUUUCCAGAGAAAUCAAAAGCAGUCAUUAGUAGGUUGUAUCCCACCUAACCUAACCUGUUUACAAUGUGUUUUAUGCAGCAUAUGACUCUUUUGCACAUUUUCUUUGUUAUAGUGUAUUAUGGUAAAUCUGGAAAUAUUAUGAAGUUCUUGGCACAAGAAAGAAGUAACUGUUCCUUUCCUUAUGUAUGAUCAUUUAUACCUGUAUUUCAGUGAAAAUUAAAGUAUACAAAACAAUAAUUUUGCCUGUUGUUUUGUAUGGGUGCGAAACAUGGUCUCUCAGAGGGAGGAACACAGAUUGCAGGUGUUAGAGAUUAGGGUGUU